GUCAACAGUGAAGCUGUCAGACUGGACACUUUGAGGAAGCUUGGAUCCUUCAAAGUUUGCAGCAAGCUGUUGCAGAUUUCUAUAGGUCUGUUGUGGGGAGUGUAAUCUCUUCUGCCAUCAUGUGUUGGGGCAGCAGCAUCAGAUCAGCAUUUUAAAAAACCUAAACAAAGUGAUGAACAGGGCUGGUUCUGUUCAGUGAAAUAUGUAACUUCUCGAUGCCAUGGAGCCUCUGGAACUAAUGGUGGAGAUGAAGAAUUGUCCCAAAAAAUUCACAGUAUUUAUGGACAGCCCUGCACAUCGUCUUCAUGAGACUGCUUUAAAAUGACAGGUUUCCGUACUACUGUUAGUAUUUGACAAUAAUCAAAAAUGGUUAGUUAGCUAACCGAUGGUAUGUAAAUAACUUUAUUUGUUUAAAUUGAAGUUGAAAAUUUCAAAAGGCUCAAAUUUGGUCAAGAGAAACUCAAGCCUUCUGGUGUGAAGUGAACUGUUCACCACUCCCCUUUCUAAUAAAUCCCCCUGCAUCAGAAGUGGCCAAACUGAGACAUUGUUGUACGCAGAAUGGAGAACUUCAUGCAGAUAACAGUUCUACUUCUCUGCAGCCACAGUUGGAUCUGUGAGUCUCUAACUGUGAACGUCCAUCCUGGUGAAGACAUCACUCUGUUCUGCCCCAACAUUUCUUCAUCUCCAACCCAGUCAGAAUGGUUCAGAGUGGUUAAUGGAACCAAACCCAGCUGCGUCUCCUCCAUGUACGGUUCUGAAGGAAACUCUUCAAAUUGUGAUGGAUUCCACAGUGAAAAAUUUAUCAUGAGUUCCAACAAGACAACUUUAUUUCUACAAAUCAAACAAGUGGACCUGAUGGACUCUGGGUUGUAUUUCUGUGGAUUUUAUGUAAAGAAACAUACAGUUAUUGGCAGUGCAACAGAGUUAAUCAUUGAAGCUAAUGGAGACUCCAAAGACGAGGGAGAUUCUGAUAAUACAAAAGCCGUGGACCAACUGAUGGACCUGAUGCCUGGGAUUUUAGGUUCUCUGACUGCUCUUCUCUCUGUAGCAGUCGUUGUUCUGGCUGUUAAAAACAGGAGACUUGAGAGAGCUUCCAGGCUGCAGAAAGAAAGAAACAAGAAUGUGGAUCCAGAUGAUUUGAACUACGCAUCUCUGAGUUUCCAAGCAAAGGCCAAAAAGAGCCACAGGUCUGGACCUCAGAGGGAACCGGAGCCACAUGUUGUGUACGCUGCCACCCGAUAAACUCAGGAAGCAACAGGAACUGCAGCGGAAAAUGAAAGUUUAUAUCUCAUUAAUUUACUGAUCUUUUGGUUCAAUGCAUCUGCAAUGCAUGUAACA